AUGGCGCUAGGUAUUGAUCCUACAAAUGCACCUCGACUGCGUUUGUUCGCAUGGAAUGUCUUUCUUGGCUCACGAAAGUCGAAUCACAUUCCUGUCUCGCAGUCCAUCACUCAGAUUUUGUCAUGGCCUGAGGUAGAAGAGCUUGUAAGCAUCUACUUCGCCAAAGUAGAUCCAUGCUACGGAUUUGUGGAUCGUCGCUCGCUUGAGCGGCGUAUGCGAACUUACUGGACGAAUGAUGAAACCGAGACUAGCUCAUUUGAGGCUGUGAUGUGUGGUGUUGCGGCCUUGGGACUUCUGUUCUCGCGAAGGAACGUCGUCGAUGCAGAGUUGGACCUUGUCGAAACUGCCAAGCGGAUUCUCGAGGAGUCAAUAUCGUUACAUCCUUCUCUGGACAUCGUUACUGCAUGGGUGCUACGGGUAGCCUAUAUGCGAAUGACUGCACCAGCGCAUGCCGCAUGGAUGGCCAGUUGUAUGUUGAUGCACACUCUCGAAGCAGCUGGCAUCCAUUCGACACACGUACUCAAUUGGAGCGCUGAUGAGUCAGGUCAGCCGCUGACGCCGGAGAUCAGAAAGCGUAUCCUUGGUGUUGCCCAGCAUCUCAAUAUCUGGAUGUCGUUUGAUAUCGGACGCUCUAGGGUACAUCUUCAGACGCUCGAUUUCGAUCUACCUGCACCUAGAGAAGGCGGCUACACCACAGAACUGCUUGAACUACUACCUCAUUCCGAGAACCUUAACCCUGACAAGAUUCUUGCUCAAUGCAAUCUCACACUCUUGCUGUGCCGCCGCUUGAGAACUCUCAACUUUCACUUCCAAGGCAGUCUUCUCAGUCAGGUGUUGACAGUCACGGCAAGAGGCAUCAAGGCUGCUCAAGACCUGUUGGACGACUGUGCUCCGUGGCAUCAUGUGGUAAAUGUCCCGUUCCAGAUCAUCUGUAUCUUGCUCGCAUUAGAUACACCAGCUGCAAUCGCACAACUGAACGAUGGCAUCAAGACUUUGAGCAACAUCCAACUCGUUUACCCGACCGAUGCCGCUAAAGAAGCGCUCAGUACAGCUUGUUUGCUCAUACAUCUACACAGGAAACGCAAAGAAGCAGAUCUGAAAACACUUUCCGAGAUUGUAUCGACAUACUCACCAUCGGUCUUGUUCGAUCAGACAAUCCCUUCACAACCUCAGACUAUCAAUGAUUGGGGCAGCACUUGGCUCGAAACCCUACCCGAGAUGCCGGAUCUCCAGACCUUCGACAUUGAUCGGUUUCUCAAUGGUAGUAGUGAGUGGAGUAUCCCUGGUGACUGGACACAAGGCUUCUGCGACAUGAAUGCGUUACUCAAGAAGGCAUAUCCAUGGAUCAAGCUUCCACUGAUCGUGUCGGCGCCAAUGCUGGGUGCUGCAACGCCUGCUCUCGCAGCUUCAGUCAGCCAGGCGGGUGGUAUUGGUUUCCUAGCUGGUGGGACCAAGCCUGCUGAACUCGAUAAUCUCCUGACGAAGACCUCGGCUUUGUUUUCCUGCAAAUCACAUCUUCACAACAGCGUCUUGCCCAUCGGUGUUGGUUUCCAAAACUGGGGCUGUGAUCUCGAUGUUAUGUCACCAAUCUUCCAGAAACACUGCGUUGCUGCUAUCUGGCUUUUUGCUCCAAAACAGCUAUCAGACUUUAGUGCAUGGGCUCAGGAAAUUCGAAGUGUGAGCGAAGGACGUACACAAGUCUGGGUCCAAGUCGGGACGGUAUUCGGGGCACUGGAAGUGAUGAAGCUGGCUCGCCCCGAUGUCAUCGUCGUCCAAGGGACAGACGCGGGUGGCCAUGGUCUUCGCCAAUCCGCCAGUAUCAUAUCAUUGUUGCCAGAGACCAAGGAUGCACUCAAAGCUGCUGGCUAUCCUCACGUGCCAGUACUUGCUGCUGGCGGGAUCGCCGAGUCGAGAGGUGUUGCUGCUGCCCUCACUCUGGGUGCUGCUGGCGUCGUCAUGGGGACGAGAUUUCUCGCUGCAAGCGAAGCUGGUAUUGCGAAAGGCUGGCAGAACGAAAUUAUUCGUGUCAAGGAUGGCGGUAUCACCACUAGAAGGUCAACUCUCUGCGAUCGUCUCAAGGAAACAGUUGGCUGGCCGCAACAUUACGAUGGGAGAGCCAUUAUUAACAAAGGACACUCGGACGAGGAAGCAGGCUUGUCUGAUGCUGAAAAUGUACGCAUGUACAAAGAGGGGCUCAAGCGCGGCGAUGGCGCGUGGGGUGACCACGGGAGAAUGGUGACCUACGCUGGUACCGGUGUCGGGUUAAUCAAGGAUCGCAAAUCUGCCGCUGCGAUUGUGGAAGAGACAUCUUCCGGUGCUUCGGAGAUACUGCAACGUUGCGCAGGCACAGUAAGCUCCCGACUUUGA